AAUCACUAUCCAUUCCCCAGUAAAAAAAAAAACCCAGACUUUGGCCAAAAAAAUGUCACUCUUGUUCCUCAAUCCUCCGUUUCCCUCCAAUUCAAUCCACACAAUUCCUCGUCGCGCCGCCGGAUUAUCCUCCAUUAGGUGCUCAAUUUCUGCACCGGAGAAGAAGCCAAGGAGGAGGAGGAAGCAGAAGCGCGGCGACGGAGCUGAGAAUGACUCCUCCUUGUCUUUCGGAAGCGGUGAUGCUGUCUCGGCCCUGGAGAGGAGUCUCCGCCUCACUUUUAUGGACGAGCUUAUGGAACGAGCUAGGAAUCGAGAUACUUCAGGUGUAUCUGAGGUUAUCUAUGACAUGAUUGCUGCUGGGCUUAGCCCUGGACCUCGUUCUUUCCAUGGCUUGGUCGUAGCUCACGCGCUUAACGGCGACGAACAUGGCGCGAUGCACUCGUUGAGAAAGGAGCUAGGUGCAGGCCAACGUCCGCUUCCUGAAACUAUGAUUGCUUUGGUUCGACUCUCGGGUUCGAAAGGAAAUGCUACAAGAGGCUUAGAAAUUCUCGCCGCUAUGGAAAAGCUUAACUAUGACAUUCGUCAAGCUUGGCUCAUUCUUGUUGAGGAGCUCAUGAGGAUCAAUCACUUGGAAGAUGCGAAUAAAGUUUUCUUGAAGGGUGCUAGAGGUGGGAUGAGAGCAACAAAUCAUCUUUAUGAUCUGAUGAUUGAAGAAGAUUGCAAAGCGGGAGAUCACUCUAAUGCCUUAGAAAUCUCUUACGAAAUGGAGGCAGCUGGUAGAAUGGCGACAACAUUUCAUUUCAAUUGUCUUCUUAGUGUGCAGGCUACAUGUGGGAUUCCCGAGGUUGCUUAUGCUACAUUCGAAAAUAUGGAGUACGGUGAAGAAUUUAUGAAGCCUGACACUGAGACAUAUAACUGGGUGAUUCAAGCCUACACUAGAGCCGAGUCAUAUGAUAGGGUUCAGGAUGUUGCUGAAUUACUUGGAAUGAUGGUUGAGGACCACAAACGUGUGCAACCAAAUGUGAAGACUUAUGCGCUCUUAGUUGAGUGCUUCACGAAAUAUUGUGUUGUGAAGGAAGCGAUUAGACAUUUUCGUGCACUUAAAAACUUUGAAGGAGGAACAACAAUUUUACACAAUGCAGGGAAAUUUGAGGAUCCUCUCUCUUUGUAUCUCAGGGCUUUGUGUCGAGAAGGAAGAAUUGUUGAGCUUAUUGAUGCUUUAGAUGCAAUGCGCAAAGAUAGCCAACCUAUACCUCCAAGAGCCAUGAUUAUGAGCAGAAAGUAUCGGACACUAGUCAGCUCAUGGAUUGAACCAUUGCAAGAAGAAGCUGAACUUGGCUAUGAGAUUGAUUAUGUAGCGAGGUACAUAGAGGAAGGGGGACUUACUGGUGAGCGCAAGCGUUGGGUACCUCGAAGAGGGAAAACUCCUUUAGAUCCUGAUGCUUCUGGUUUUAUAUACUCAAACCCUAUUGAGACAUCCUUUAAACAGAGAUGCCUUGAAGAUUGGAAAAUUCACCAUAGGAAGCUCUUGAGAACCUUACAGAGUGAAGGUCUUCCAGUUCUAGGAGAUGCAUCAGAAUCUGAUUACAUGAGAGUGAUGGAGAGAUUACGGAACAUAAUAAAAGGUCCUGCACAGAAUCUUUUGAAGCCGAAAGCAGCAAGCAAGAUGGUUGUAUCAGAGUUAAAGGAAGAACUCGAAGCUCAGGGUUUGCCAAUUGAUGGAACAAGAAAUGUGCUUUACCAGCGUGUCCAAAAAGCAAGGAGAAUAAACAAAUCUCGAGGUCGACCUCUUUGGGUUCCUCCAAUUGAAGAAGAAGAGGAGGAGGUCGAUGAAGAAGUAGACGAUUUAAUAUGUCGAAUCAAGCUACAUGAAGGAGACACAGAGUUCUGGAAACGUCGGUUUCUUGGAGAAGGCUUGAUUGAAACUUCAGUUGAAUCCAAGGAAACGACUGAAUCAGUGGUUACAGGUGAGUCGGAGAAAGCGAUUGAAGAUAUUUCAAAAGAAGCUGACAAUGAUGAGGAUGAUGAUGAGGAGGAACAAGAAGGAGAUGAUGAUGAUGACGAAACUGAAGAGGAAGAGGAAGUGGUUGUUGCAGAAACAGAGAAUCGAGCAGAAGGAGAGGAGUUAGUGAAGAAUAAGGCAGCUGACGCGAAGAAGCAUCUUCAAAUGAUUGGAGUCCAACUCUUGAAAGAAUCCGAUGAAGCAAACAGAACAAAGAAACGUGGGAAGAGGGCGUCUCGUAUGACACUUGAGGAUGAUGCAGAUGAGGAUUGGUUCCCAGAGGACCCAUUCGAAGCAUUCAAAGAAAUGAGGGAAAGAAAAGUGUUUGAUGUGUCUGACAUGUAUACAAUAGCAGACGUUUGGGGUUGGACAUGGGAAAAGGAUUUUAAGAACAGAACUCCUAGGAAAUGGUCACAAGAGUGGGAAGUCGAGUUGGCAAUUGUGCUAAUGACAAAGGUGAUUGAACUGGGUGGAAUUCCAACAAUUGGUGAUUGUGCAGUGAUAUUACGAGCUGCUUUAAGAGCUCCCAUGCCUUCAGCCUUCUUGAAGAUCUUGCAGACGACACACAGUCUUGGCUACUCUUUUGGCAGCCCAUUGUACGAUGAGAUCAUCACAUUGUGUUUAGACAUUGGAGAACUUGAUGCAGCCAUUGCCAUAGUUGCAGAUAUGGAAACCACAGGGAUCACUGUCCCUGAUCAAACCCUUGACAAGGUCAUAUCUGCUAGACAAUCUAAUGAGAAUCCGCGGUCUGAGCCUGAAGAGCCACCAUCAACAGUAAGCUCUUAGUUAUCAUAUCUUCCUUCUUCUGCUUUACUGUGAAGCUCUCUAAGAAACAGAAAUCGGAAGAAGCAGCUGAAUCCGUCUUAGUUAUAAAAGUUUUGUUCAUUAUCUGCAAAUAAUUCCAUAGAGGGUUUAAUUUUAAGUACAAGUCAUGUAGUUCCCAGUGUAGAACAAUUUUUACUAGUGUUGCACCAGGUCCCUCCAGUUUGAUACUUAA